AUGCGUCGUUACCUCCUGCCCCUCUUCGCCCGUUUCGUCAACCUUGCCACGCGGCUCAUCGACGCCCUCUGCGGUUUCCUCUUCCUCCCGCCGCUCGGGACGCGCCUGCUGCAAUGGCUGCUCCCGUUAGAGGAACGCGCCGUGCUGCGCGCCGCGUACAAGGCCACGGGACUGCGUGAUCAUGGCGAGGGGACGUUCCUGACGGGGCUGCGGCUUCUAUUGAAGGGGCUUGAAGAAGAGGCGAGGCUGAGCGCGUUUGGAAGGAUUCUUAUAUGGAACGAUGUACAGCGUCUGCUGCGGUACCGCUUGCAGCUGGAGGAUACGAGGUGGAGACAGCCGGAAAUAGAGGAGGAGAAGAUCGAGGCCUGCCGCGCACGGGCACCACUUUCCUCUUCAACCUCCUCGCCCUCGACACAUUGCUCUUCCGCGUCCCUCUCCUGCCCUUCCUAUCCCCGCUAUAAGCAGGCCCCUGUCUUCAUCCUAGGCCUGCCUCGAACAGGAACAACAUUUCUCUUCAACCUGCUCGCCCUCGACACAUCGCUCUUCCGUUCGCCGCUCACAUGGGAGGUGCAUCACAUGCACCCUCCCCCGGACGCCACCUGCUACGAUACCGAUAAACGCAUUGGGGAGACAGAAGCCUUUUUGGAGGGUGUGUCUGCACUGCUUCCUUCCUUUCAGGUGGGUGGUGCUGCUGUGUGCUCUCUUUGUCGCUCGCCGCUCACAUGGGAGGUGCAUCACUUGCACCGCACCCUCCCCCGGAUGCCACCUGUCAUGACUCGGACAAACGCAUCGGGUAUUGAGUUUCUUAGACGGUACUGCCUUGCAUCCCGUGACAGCAACAGGGCCACAGGAGUGCAUGGGACUCAUGAUGUGAGUGGGGGAGUGGUUGGUAUGUACGAUUUCACAUCCUUCGCCUUCCCCACCAUCCACUUCAACAUCCCUUCCUACUUUCGCUGGUACCUCUCCUCCGACCUCACCCCCACCUA